UCAGUCCCAACAUCCGGGUUCCUGUCAACGCUACCGCGGCUGUUGCUGUUGCCGCCUGCUCCUUUCUCUCUCUCAUUGAAGAGGAGCGAAGCGGCGGCAGCAGCAGUAGCAGCGCUUUGCGUGGUGGGGAGGUAGAGAGUGGAGCGAAGGGAGCGCGCGCGCUCUCUCUCUCUCCCCCUCUCCUGGUUGUGUGUGUGUGUGUACAGCGAAGAUGGCGGCGGUGAUAGGAGGGCGAGCCGGCUCCUUCGGUUCCUCUUCUUCGCCGGGGCUGGGCUUGGGUUAUGGGGCUGCUGUUUUCAAUGCCACAAAUAGCAGCAGCGGCGCUGACCCGAGAGCGGGUGGUGACGAGGACGAUGGGCAGAAUCUCUGGUCCUGCAUCCUCAGCGAGGUAUCUACUCGUUCCCGAUCUAAACUGCCUUCGGGGAAAAACGUCGUGCUGCUGGGAGAAGAUGGAGCAGGUAAAACUAGUUUAAUUGGAAAACUUCAGGGAAUUGAGGAAUACAAGAAAGGAAGAGGAAUGGAAUAUUUGUACUUAAAUGUACAUGAUGAAGACAGAGAUGAUCAGACAAGAUGUAAUGUAUGGAUAUUGGAUGGUGACCUCUACCAUAAAGGUCUACUUAAAUUUGCAUUGGAAGCCAUCUCUCUAAAAGACACUUUGGUUAUGUUGGUGGUGGAUAUGUCUAAGCCAUGGACUGCUGUAGACUCUUUACAAAAAUGGGCAAGUGUUGUACGGGAGCAUAUUGACAAAUUAAAAAUUCCGCCUGAAGAAAUGAAAGAAAUGGAGCAAAAGAUUGUAAGAGACUUCCAAGAAUAUACAGAACCAGGGGAAGACUUUCCAGCUUCUCCGCAGAGGAGAAAUACUUCAUUACAAGAAGACAAAGAUGACAGUGUCAUUUUACCGCUGGGCGCAGAUACACUAACGUGUAACUUAGGCAUUCCUGUAGUAGUAGUUUGUACAAAGUGUGAUGCCAUUAGUCUACUGGAAAAAGAACACGAUUACAGAGAUGAGCACUUUGACUUCAUUCAGUCACACAUCCGACGGUUUUGUUUACAAUAUGGUGCAGCACUUAUUUACACUUCAGUAAAGGAAAAUAAGAAUAUUGAUUUAGUGUAUAAAUAUAUUGUCCAGAAAUUAUAUGGAUUCCCCUUCAAUAUACCUGCUGUUGUUGUGGAAAAAGAUGCAGUAUUUAUUCCUGCAGGAUGGGACAAUGAAAAGAAGAUAGGAAUAUUACAUGAGAACUUUCAGACUUUAAAAGUGGAUGACAAUUUUGAGGAUAUCAUUACAAAGCCUCCUGUCAGAAAGUUUGUACAUGAGAAAGAGAUAGUAGCAGAAGAUGACCAAGUAUUUCUUAUGAAGCAACAGUCUCUCUUAGCAAAACAGCCACCAACUGCAGCAGGAAGACCAGUGGAUACUUCACCAAGAGUCCCUGGAGGAUCUCCUCGGACACCGAAUAGAUCAGUAACUUCCAAUGUUGCCAGUGUUACACCCAUGCCUGCUGGAUCCAAAAAAAUUGAUCCUAGUAUGAAAGCUGGAGCCACGAGUGAAGGAGUCCUGGCUAACUUUUUCAACAGUUUGCUGAGUAAGAAAACUGGCUCACCUGGUGGUGUUGGCAGUCCUGGAGGAGUAGGGAGCACUGGAGGUGGGGGUGGCAGCAGCUUGCCACCAUCUGCAAAAAAGUCAGGCCAGAAGCCUGUCUUAACAGAUGUUCAAGCUGAAUUGGACAGAAUGUCACGAAAACCAGAUCUGGUCUCUCCAACAACACCUACAUCCCCUACAGAAGGUGAAGCAUCUUGAAGACACCAAAUAUAGCCAUUUAUUCAAUUUUUCUGGGAUAAUUUAAACUUGCCUCUGCCUCUUCCUUCCAUGAUGGGACUAGGGAACGGAAACAUUUUCAGAGAAGGACAAGCAGUUAAUGUCUUUUCUGUUGCCCAACUUUGUAAAAGGGAACUGUACAGAUGGCAAAUUAUCACACAAUGUAAGACUGCUGUUCAGAGUACAAUGUCGCAUUCAGAAGUAUCUCAUUCUGAUUUUUGUUUAAAAGUCAGUGUAAUUCUUUAAAAUUGAAAGUGUCCACUUAAUCAUUUGUAUAGCAAAAGGCUGCUUGAAGAGUUGAAAAUGUGAUACACAACAUGGGCACUUAAUUUAUAUUGAUCACCCAAACUUUUUAGUUUAAUGCAAUUUUACAUAUUAACCUCAAGGGAGAGGAUUUACUAGUUUUUGUUGGAAAGAGCAAUCAACUGUUGUUCUUUUGUGCAUCAUCAAUAAACUAACUCAAAUAAAAUUUAACACUUCAUUUGGAAUAUGACUUCAGACUGUGCUGAGCUCAUCUGAAAUCUAAACUGUAUUAAAUAAUUUGAACUAAACUCUCA